CACAAAGCUAUAGCUCAUUAGCUCUCUUCCUCUCUCUCUCCCUUUUUCACUGCUCGACUUCUCGUUACAUUACCAGAUUGCCUCUGCUCUCUGCGAAACCAAAAGGAUAAAGCUCAGGACUUUGAUUCACAGCAGCAGCAAUGGAAAGGCUAAACUCGAAGCUGUACUUGCAGAAUGUUUACAUAAUGAAGGAGAAUGAGAGGCUGAGGAAGAAGGCACAGCUUCUGAACCAAGAGAACCAGGCCCUUCUUUCAGAACUGAAGCAGAAGCUUUCGAAGCCAAACAAAGCCAACGGUGGAUCAAACACUGUGCCUGAUCUGAAUCUCAACCUGAGCUCUAACAACUUGUUGAACAACAACUCGAACAAUCAUCCUUCCGGUUCCAGCAACUGAAAGCUUUUAGAUUUGUGGACCAAAUCUCUCUAUGACCCCACUAGGACUUACCCCUUUUUUGUGUGUAUUAUUUUUAAGCUAGUCAGAAGUGGUAGUUUUCAGAUUUAGGUACAUAGGACAAGUAGCAGUGGUAGUGUGCAUUCUCUUUGUGUUUUACAAGGAUGUUUAACUCUGCUGCUGCUUCUGCUUCCAUAUUUUAUUACGUGUCUUCUUUCUUUUGGGGGGCCUUAGGAU